CCCUCAUAUCAACACAUCUUCCACUCCUCUUCCCUAAAAUCCCAUCAGACUAUCACACCACCCAAUUCAUACUUACAUUUCAUCAUGCCUCGCAACGGAGACGGAUCUUCAGACAACGGCCCCAUUGAGGCCGGCCAGGACGCAGUUCACGGUGCUUCUGGAGACGCAACUCUCCAGCACACAAAGAACAAUGUCGCUCCCAUGCCAGAGAUUGAGAAGGGCGAAGCUAUCGAAGGCAUGAACGCCUCUGGCGCCGGCGACGCACCAAAGGCAGGCCACACCGGCCAAGGCAAAGCAGCUGCCGACUCAAACAAGCCUGCCCCCGUCGACCAGGCCACCAAAUAAGCAGGUCACCAAAUAAGCUAUCAGGGUAGUGCAAAGCUCGGAAUCUAGGAAGAAAUUCCGAUGCAUGCAAGGGCAUGUUGCCACAGCCGAUAGAUAUGGCUGGCUAGCAGGCAAAGGAGUAACAUCUACAGUACGACGGACUCCGAGUGACAUCGGUAGUUGCGUUGCAUUGCAUUGCGCAUGCAAGGGCCCAGAUAGCUACGACUGUAACGAAUGAAAGCAACAAAUGUAAAAUGCCAUCCUAAAGCAAUAUGUUCUAGAUCCGG